AUGGCAGCCAGCCGUCUCGACCCUAAGCGACGGUACCGCAUUGCCAUUGGUUGCGAAGGGUCCGCCAACAAGCUCGGCAUCGGCGUCAUUGCGCACCCCGUCGACAGCGGCGGCAACCCGGUGCAGGGGCUCGAGGGCCAAGACGAUGCGGCCAUUGUCCUGUCCAAUGUGCGCGACACCUUUGUGAGCCCGCCCGGCACGGGUUUCCUGCCUCGGGAGACUGCCGCCCACCACCGCAACAUGUUUGUCAAGGUGGCCCGCCGGGCACUCGCCGACGCCGGCAUCCGCCCAGACCAGAUUGACUGCGUCUGCUACACCCGAGGCCCCGGCAUGGGUGCACCACUCUCGGCGACGGCCGUGGGUGCGCGCACCUUGGCCCUGCUCUGGCGGAAGCCGCUGGUCGGGGUCAACCACUGCGUGGGCCACAUUGAAAUGGGCCGUGCCGUGACAGGCGCCACACAUCCUGUGGUGCUGUACGUGUCCGGCGGCAACUCGCAAGUCAUUGCGUACGCGGGGCGGCGGUACCGCAUUUUUGGUGAGACGCUCGACGUGGCCGUGGGCAACUGUCUGGACCGGUUUGCGCGCACGCUGAGGCUGUCCAAUGACCCGGCGCCGGGCUACAACAUUGAGCAGCUGGCCAAGGGCCCGUUUCGCAACAAGAAGUGGCGGGAGACGGACGACGACGAGGGGAACACAGGGCAAAGGAACGACACGGCAAGCGAACCGGAGCGUGAACCGCUGCUGCUCGAUCUCCCGUACGCCGUCAAGGGCAUGGACUGCUCGUUCUCGGGCGUGCUGACGCGUGCCGACGAAUGGGCCGCCCACAUGCGCGCAGGCCGCUUGGCGCCGGACGGCAAGAACCUGAUUACCCCGGAAGACCUGUGCUUCAGUUUGCAAGAAACGGUGUAUGCGAUGCUCGUCGAGAUCACCGAGCGGGCCAUGGCGCACGUCGGCAGCAACCAGGUGCUGAUUGUCGGCGGCGUGGGCUGCAACGAGCGCCUGCAGGCGAUGAUGGGCCAGAUGGCGGCCGAGCGCGGCGGCAGUGUAUAUGCGACGGACGAGCGGUUCUGCAUCGACAACGGCAUCAUGAUUGCGCACGCCGGUCUGCUUGCGCACGAGACGGGCUUUGAGACGCCGUUGGUGGACAGCUCGUGCACACAACGAUUCCGGACGGACGAGGUGCUCGUAGCAUGGCGGCGAGACUAG